AUGGCGAGGCGCGGCAUCUGCAGCUCGCCGCUGUCGUCGGCGGACGAGGCCGAGGAGGACGUCGGGGCGCCCUCUUCGUUCCCGGCGAUGUCCCCGUCUCCUCCUGCGUCCAAGCCCGCGAAAUCCCGAGCGACGGGGGCGAAGAGGAAGCCCAGCAGAGCCAAGAAGACGCUCCUCCCACCCGCGAAGAAGCCCAAGCCGAGUGCUGCGACAGAGCGAAAGAGUACCAAGGAGCUCGUACACGACGCGUCACAAGAAUUUGUCGAGUACUUGGCAGAGCAGCUGAGCGCGAUGCAGCAGGCCAAGUUCGAGACAGAGUUCGGUGGGGGUCAGGGAUACAUCGUGAAGCUGCCGUCAUCGAGCUGGAAGACAAAGCGCAAACGGGACGAGCUGCAAGCAUGGAUCAAAGCGCUGGGCUUCACGUCUGGCGCGUCAUUGAAUCGGCAUGCACUGCGAGUCGCAAGUCUCAAGGCGGAUGUGAUUCUGAGUGAACUGAAGCAGCGGCUGCCGUCGAUUGCCGAGUACGACAAAGAGGAGGAGGUUGAGGGUGAGGAUGACGAGGCUGCGGAUGGAGGUGAUGAAGAAGAGAAAGACCAGACCGGGGACUAUUUAACGGAUCCUGCCAUGCUGCGGUUGAAAAAAUACUUUCAAAAGUUGGAGUCGCAGACAUUGGAGGUCGUGUCGUACUCGGAAAACCACCGAUUGCUGUCCUCAACGCAGCACAUGGCGAUCGCCGACGCGAUGGAAGACGUGCUGGCACAACCUUCGGUUCGAAGAGAACGUCGUUUGGCAAGACGGCUUUCGAAGCUGGGACGGAUAUCGGGCCGGCGACUCUCUUCAAUUGCUAUGGGACCUUCGUCUUCUUCUUUUCUCCCACCAACGGAAGACGACUGGGUGUGGGAUCGCGAGAUGAACAAGAUGUCACUGACUCCUGUCAAACGGCAUAUUUCGCUCGGUGAAAGUAUCUCUACAAAGAAGACAAUCACGCUUGGAGAAAGUGUGCUGCACCUUGUUCUCCACUCUGGACUGGUAGAUGUGAAGACCUUGAAGGAAGUGCUCCGAAAGGUUUCCACCGUGUGGGAAAAGAUAGCGGUCAUGAAAACCAACUUCUAUUCGAUGGGCCAAGUUUACAGUCGUCACCCACGUGGCCACUACCUCGCGAAUGGUGCAUACAAGGAAGUGUUCAAAGUAUUUUCAUCGGAAAAGAAGCGUUUGGAAGCUAUGAGCGUCAUGGAUAUCAGUGCAAUCGAAAACACCGGCAACCAGGGUGUUAUUCGGCAAGAGGUUGCCCACUCAGUGCUGCUAUCGAACGCAACAGAGCACGGCAUAUGCCCGAACUUCCUCCGCAUCUAUGAUAUUUUUCUUGCGGAGGAGCGACCUCGACAAGAGCGUUGGGGCAGCAAAACGCAUCGCAGGCCAGUCGAGUUAUUGGCAGAUGGAAACACCUACUCAGCAGCCUCAAGCAGCCAGCAGAGUGCCUCGUCACCUCGCAGCGAACAAGGCAAACAAAGCGAUCGUUUGUUCCAGUACAUCCGGAUGGAAUUUUGUGACGGUGGCGAUCUUGAAGAUUUCAUCGGUCUUCAGAAGGACAAGGUUCUUCCUUUGGCGUCAGUUGCCGUGCCAUUUUUCUUCCAGAUGGUGUUCGGUUUGUUUUGCGCUCGAGAGAAGUUUUACUUACGGCAUGGUGAUGUCAAGCUUCUUAAUUUCUUUCUAAAAGAUAUUGGCCGCUCCAGUCUCAGCAAAGAGCCAGGGGCCGAUGCCGUUUUGCAUUAUCUUCUGGAAGACUCCUGCUUCGUUCUUCAAAUGCCUGCGUCCUUUUCGUAUUGGGUGAAGCUAGCAGAUUAUGGCGCUGCUGACUCGAAUUUGGAGAAUCUGGGAAAGCCUGUCACGAUUGAUCAGUUCGCUACACUGGAAAACUCACCUAUUGAGUACCUGCUGGAAGGAAAUGCCGCUGAGCAGUCAUUCGCGGCCGACACAUUUUCGUUGGGGCUGUGUCUAUUGCACCUGUUUACUGGAAGGUGCGCACGCCAUUGA